CCUCUUGCCAUCAUCCCAUUCUCAGAGAUCCAUCUUCCGAUAGCCGGGUAUGCUCGAAGCAACUUCUCCGUUUUACGUCUAUUCCUGUGUCGGUUGAUGAAAACCAACAACGAAGAAAAAAACCAGAAGGAUUUGAAGGAAAACAUCCAUCUACGGAUGAUCCUGCUGGACUGCAAGGGGGCUAAGAGUGACGGCGAAGGAGGCUCGGGCCUCCUUGGCUUCCCCAGCGUCCAUAGCAUCACUGUUCUCAUGGAGGACUCCCGACUCGUCGUCGAAAUCGAGGAACAACACCAGCAACAGGUGCCUAAUUCCUUCCCUCUCCCGUCCCGUGCCCAAAAAGGUCCUUAA